AGUAAAAUAUACCGAAGAAGGUGAAAUUGUAAUGAAGGUUUCUUCAAAAGCAAAAGGAUAUACAGACGCAGUUAAAAAAAUAGAAAUAUUAGUUGAAUUAUAUGAUACUGGUGUCGGCAUUAGUCCCGAUUUUAUGAAAGACAUUUGGAAAGGUUUUUUAAAUAUUGAUGAAUCAAAAACCGAACGACAAGAUGGUACAGGAUUUGGUCUGAUUACGUGUAAACAACUAGUAGAAAUUAACGGUGGUAAAAUAGGAGCAGAAAGCAAAUUAGGAAUAGGAAGUAAAUUUUGGUUUACAUGGAUUGUUGAAACAAUACCAAUAACGUCUGCACCAAAAGCUUCCAAUGGUGUUACUGAUUUAUCACAGAUGUUAAAUAGAAUUAAUCUGAGUUUAAAAUGCAUUGUGUUAAUUAAUCCAUUUCGAAGUUGCUGGAGUGCUAUAUCAAAUUUUUUUAAAAAUAAUGUAAAAAUUGAAUUAUUUGAUGCAUGUGACCACGAGGCUGAAAUGGUAAGAUAUCGUAGAGAGCUAAAUAAUCAAUCAUCUCACACUAUAGUACUAGCCAACCUUUAUGAAGAAAAUGCGGAUGCAAUUACUAAAGUUGCAUUAGAAUUAAGAGAAAUACAUGGUGAUGACUUAUUAAUUAUUCUAAUGGCAUUCUCAAGCGCCAGUGGAAGAAAUUUAGUAAAGAAAUUAACUAGUACGAUCGGAGGUCAAACUGUCGGAGUCUUUAAACCUAUUACACCAAAGAAACUAAUAAAUUAUUGCUUGCAAAACAAUCUAAAAAGAAACAUUGAAACUGACAAAAAUAAAAGUUAUAAUGUCAAAAACUUUGCUAGCAGUAAUUUUGGAAAAAGUACAACUACUGAUUAUGACGUUAAAGUUACAUCUCCAAAAUAUACAUCUCCAAAAUGUAGAUUAAGAACGAAUUCCCAUAAUGAAACACGUAUUUCAUACGUGAUUACGCGAGAAACAACUGAACAAGAACAAAUUGACCUUUUACAGUCAAAAUUAAGAACAUUAGAACUUUCUGAUUUACCAAUGUUAAAAGACAUAACCAUGCUAAAAGAUAUAUUAGAAUAA